GUCACCGUCACCGCGUCUACUCGCCACGCCAUGUCCAUGCCCCCAUCAUUCCCAUUCACCAAGCUCACCACCGAGCUCGCGCUCGAAAUCUUCCGCACAGCCGCAACACCAGACUUUGCUCUUACCACCCGACGCAGCCCGUACGCCGACGCGCUCGUGCUCUGCCGCGUCUCCCGCGCACUGCGGCACGAGGUGCUCCCCGUGCUGCUGCACACCGUCAUCCUGCGCACCUCGCGCGCCCUGCACGCGUUCAUGCGCGCCUUGCGCAUGCAGCGCUUCGUCUUCGCUGCCCGCGCGCCACACUUGCACGUAGAAUAUGCAGCACUCGUGCGCAGGCUGUAUGUCGCGGAGGCGUGGGAGGCACCACCAGCUGCCCCAGAGGCUGCUCCGCCCAUGCAUACUGGCAGCAGCAGCGGCGGGGGUGAUUUUGGCAGGCAGUCGUUCUCGAUACCGCCGCCUCCGGCGCAGGUGGACGUAGAGUCGCUUCUGGAAGAGCCGACGCUCGACUACGAGCUGCUCGGGCCUGUCGUUCUCGGCGUGAGCGAUCUCGCGCUCUCGUGGGGCGCUAUUCACGUAUUGUACCAUUCUCUCUCCGAGGCUACGCUUCAUGCGUGGUCGGGCGUCAACCGCACUAGGGCACUUACGCUCGCGGGGAGCUUCACGCGGUGGCGCCCGUUGACGAGCACCGCGGAGGGGUGUGCGUUCCUCGGCGGGCUCGAGCGGCUUGCGCUGCGCGGCUCGGUCAGGAUCGAGGCUGACGAGGGGCUUGGGCCCAGGUUUACGAAGAUGAUGGUGCAGCAUGAGCUCGUGGGCGGUCUGGGCAGUGUUCCGUGGGACGCGCUGCCGCUGCUGAGACGGCUGAGCGUCGCGAGCGUGGAUGGGAGCACGUACGACCAGCCCAGGUACCGAUGUGGAGAUGAUGGCGUCGCCGAUGCUGGUUCUGCUGAAGCGUACGAAUGGUGUUUUGAAGAGACGGCAGGUGGGGUUGAGCAGAUGGGAAGCAAGAAAUGGGCGAGGCAUGAGAGCGGGUUCAGCGCAAGGGUGCGGAUGGAGCUGGGAUCGGACUAUUCGAGCAAUCUAGUGCCUGUCGUGGACUGGCCGACGCUGUGGGCCUGCGGGGAGUCGUGAUCUUGGUGUUGAGAGCGUAGCAUUGGAAGGGCGUAUAAUAUUCAUCGAUGGACAUUAGAGCAGUAUGAUCUAAUAAA